AGGCUUAGUUAUGUUCCAGAAGCUUCUGCUGAGUGUUUCCAUAAUUCUCCUCAUGGUCGUAGGAGAAAGAGUGCUGACAUUUAACUUGAUUAGACAUUGUAAUCUAUGUAAGCACUAUGAUGGGUUUACAUGCCGCAGUGGCAUGAAAAGUUGUUGGAAGUUUGACCUAUGGACACAAAACAGGACUUGUACUACAGAAAACUUCUAUUAUUAUGACCGUUUCUCAGGCUUAUAUCUUUUUCGUUAUGCAAAACUUAAUUGUAAACCCUGUGCAAAUGGAAUGUACCAAGUAUUCCAUGACCUCCUGAGAGAAACAUUUUGCUGUAUUGACAAGAGCUUCUGUAAUGAUGGCACUGCUAACUCAGAUAUCUCAUCACUACUUAUAGAAGAUAUGAAUCAAAAGAAAGAGUUGAAUGAAGACUAAAAUAAUGAGGAUUUAAGUAACACAUGCCACUGUUUUCUUGACAAUUUUAAAACCCAUGCC